AUGUACGACUCUGGCCUAUCCGAUGCUGCCCGGAUAUUCGAUGCCUUGACGCCGGCGGCCCAGCAAGACCUGCUGGAGAUCCUGGUGCGCAAGGCCGCGCUGAACUCCCCAUCCUUCCAGAGCCAUCUGGGCUCCACAUCCCCGCAUUCGUCGCUGACGACACAAACUUCAACGUCGGCCUCGGGGCUAUCACAAUCCUCUUCGACACUGAUAUCGAGCGCUGGCCACGACCGGUCGUUCGACAGCUCUUCGGACCAGCAGCGGCCCUCGACCGGCCCGCUGGCAGCCCCAUACCAAACCUCGACCGACACAUGGUCCCGGAUUGUCAACACCGUCGAGUACCUGCGCCAGCAGUCGACCCUGGCGUCGACCGCAGCCUCGUCGCUGGCGCUGCUGGCCCCCUUUGCCGGCUCCGGCUCGACCUACGCCUCGCCCGAGUCCCUGACAGGCGACGCCGUCUAUUUCCAGCCCCACGCCGAGAUCCAGCCGAUCCUGGCGACGCUGCGCAUCAUCCAGCGGAUGGACGCUCGCCAGCUCUUUGACGAUGUCCAGGUGCACCUGAACGGGACCCGCGGCAAGAACAACGCCAACAGCGUGGACUCGAAGACCCUGCCCAAGGGCGCCAAUCCCUUUGCCCACGUCGAGACCGAGGUUCUCAACAUCCUGCUGCAGACGCCGUACAUCCUGCUGACCCCCAAGAAGCCGUCCAAGGAUCCCAAGGACUCGCGGCCCAGCACGCCCCUCGGCUCCCGCGACGACGCCUCGCCGCUGGUGGCCCAGAUCAUCCAGGCGUCCAUCUACCUGACGUCGCUGAUCGAGGCCAUCAUCACCACCCACAACGACCAGAUCCUCAAGAACAUGACCGACAAGACGACCCUGACCGAGUACGAGAAGGUCUCGGUGCUGGUGUGGGAAGGCGCCUCGGGCAUCCUCCGGGACGUCAUCAAGCUGCGCGAGUGGGACCCCGAGCUCGGCAAGUGGCACGAUGCCCGGGCCAUCUACAGCUCGCUGAUCUCAAACUCGCAGCUGUUUGCCAACGCGCUGCUGAACUUUGUGGAGUUUAGCUGGAAGAUCCUGAAGCCGACGUUUGUCCCAAAAAAAGCCGAAAAGCCUCCUCUCGCCGACCAGAGCUACUUUGCCAUGGCCGACGCCCGAGACCAGCCGCCGCCGUCGCCCACCUCGGCCCGCAGCUCGAUGGAGAGCCACCGCUCGGUCAACCUCGGCCGCGACAACAGCACAUCCAACAAGCGCCGCUCCUUCGGUGCCCGUCUCCUCUACAAGUUCAACCAGCUCACGCAGAGUGUUGACAAGCGCAAGUCGCUGCAGUCCAUGUCCUCGGACGACGAGUCGUUCUUCUCUCGGGCCUCGUCGCGGCUGACCCACAGCACCGACUCGGAGGUGCAGCGCACCCAGCAGAGCCUCGACAUGCUCCGACAGACUUCAGACUCAAACCCCGCCUCCGAAUACUCGCGCGACGGCUCCGAGUCACGGCACCGACGGGUUGCCUCGGAUGCACCGCCGCAGCUUCCCGAGAUCGACGUGCGCAUCACCAAGAAGGCACCUCUGGCGCCACCGGCUCCUGAAGCCCCGAUUCCAUCGACCUCAUCCCAAAGCGGCUAUUCCUCGCGCCCCCGCUCAAAUUCUCAGAUCCUCCAGAAGCCCUCCGCCACAGGCGUCCGUCUGCGCGUCGUCAGCAACGAGCCCUGGGGUGUCAAUCUCCCCAGCCAGGAGCAGGAGAUUCCCAACACCAACCGCUGGUCGCAGAUGGUCAACGAGACCGUCCAGCCCGUUGGCCAGGUCGCCGAGGGACACCUGUCGCGCCGCCGCCGCUCCAACAACAUCCAGGACUCGCUCGACAUCGACCUCCCCUUCCAGAUGCCGGCGGGACCUGCCGCGUCGAGUGACGAGUCGCUCCCGCAGCCCUCAGUCGACCUUGCCGAUGUCGAGAGCGUCCCGUCGCCAACCACGUCGUCCAACGGCACACUGGGCCGCAGCAACAGCGCUGGCUUUGGCAACGCCGUCAAGCAGCUGUCCAAGAAAGCCAGCAUCUCGGGACUGCGAGCGCUGCGGUCGUCGAGCUCGCGCCAGUCGCUGAACACCUCCGGCAAUGCGGCAAAUUCUGCCGGAGCAAACCAGCGCCGCUUCCUGUUCCCGAACCGGUUCAAGUCGACGGAGCGGCUCGGGGUCUUCCGCAACGCCUCGGACUCGGAGAUGGAGAACGUCCGCAGCGCCAGCCAGCGCAUCGAGCCGUCGGACGACGGCCUGACCGAGAGCGAUGUCGAGCGACCCAGCGACUAUGCGCUGUAUGCCGGGCCUCGCGGGCUGGAUCUCUCCCGCAAGGAAGACAUCACGUCGGAUGAGGAGAGCACGGUGCCGGCGACCAAGGCGUUCAAGUCGAUGCGGGUGAUUGGCCGCAAGGGAGCGCAGAAGAUCCCGACAGUCAACAGCCGCGGCAAGCGCAUCGGCAUGUACAACAACGGCAAGCUGUCGUAUGACACUGCCGACGACGACAAGGAAGAGUACUCUGGCGUCAUCCAGGUGCGAGACAACAUGCUGCAUCUCAGCGAGGGAAAGCAAGACAUCAAGAUCAUGGAGAUUGUUGCCGGCAAGAUUGUGAUUGUCGCCGCCACGGUCGAGAAGCUCGUGGUCAGCCUCGCCGACGAGAACCUGCAGGACCUCGAGUUUGUCGACUGCAUGAUCCACAACCACGGCUUCUUCAUGAGCUCGCAGGACCUGAUGGACAACCUCGAGGCUCGCUACGACAUUGAGCCGCCGCCCAACGCGAGCACCGACGACAUGGAGUACUUUCACCGUUGGAAGACGCCGAUCCAGCGCAAGGUCCUGAAUGUGCUCGCGCGCUGGGUCAAGCUGCAGUACGAGGACUUUGCCAACGACGCCGAUCUCCGCCACAAGCUCGAAGAGUUCUUGACCAUCGUCUGGGGCGACGGCUUCAAGAGCGAGGCCGACCGCAUCCGCCGCACAUGCAUCACGCAGGCCGUCAGUCUUGCCAUGAAGCGCAAGAACACGCCGUUUGCCGUCCAUCUCGACAUGAUCGAUGCGCACGGCGGCAGCGGCCUGGCGUCGAUGGUCCAGCGGCUCGGCCCAACGAGCUGCCACUUUCCCCGGACCGACUCGCCCAACCUCCUGGACCUGUCGCCGAUCCUGACGACGGGCGAUGCACGCGACUAUGCACGAUAUCUGACUGCGGUCGAUGCGCUGUCGUUUGCGGCGAUCACGUUCCCGGACUAUGUGGCCAAGCUGCGCGAACCCCGACUGGUGGGCGAGGCCAAGGACGGGCUCCGGGACGGGCUGGCGAGCGGCCCCGAGGCGGUGCCGGGCAAGAUCGACCUGUUUGCGCGCCGGGCCAACAUGAUCCGCAACUGGGUCGCGCUCGAGAUCUGCUCGAUCGGCACCCUCAACGUCCGCCGCCAGGUCAUCGAGCGGUUCAUCCAGAUCGCAAAGUACUGCAUCGACUUCAACAACUUCCACACGGCCUUCUUCAUCGUGAGCGGCCUCCUGACGCCGGCUGUCCAGCGGCACAAGAAGACCUGGGAGGCGGUCUCGUCCAAGCACAUUGCCGCCCUCGAGACGCUCGAGAAGCUCAUGGACCCCAGCGGCAACAUGCGCAACUACCGCAAGGCCCUGGCGCAGGUGCGCGGACCGGCGGUGCCGUUCUUCCCGAUGGUGAUGAAGGACAUUACCUUCCUGAUGGACGGCAACCCGGCCAUGACCAAGCCGCGCAGCAAGUCGUCGUCGCGGCAGCAGCAGCCGCUGAUCAACUUUGAAAAGUACCGCAACAUCUCCAAGAUCCUGACCGAGUACCGCAGCUUUGUGGUCACCGAGAAGUACGACUUUGCGGUGUCGCUGGCGCCGCUGCUGCGGUUCAUGUCGCAUGGCAGCACGGGCGUGCCCGUCCUGAGCAGCACACCGCACCUGCGCAACCACCCAGAGGCGCUUGCCGGCGCGCUGGUGGAGUCCCGGCUGGUCUAUGCCGACGACGAGUUUGUCUUCUGGCAGAACAUUGACGUGCGGACAUCCAAGGUCUCGGCUUCGGCGGUCACCGGCAGCGGUGUCAUGGCUGCCACCAUGGUCUUUGCCGACAGAAACGAGAAUGAGGACCUCUAG